CGCCUGACGUUUCGAAAGAAAUAAUCAAAAAUGGUGAACGAGAAGAGAGGGUACUAACUGACUUGAUUUCAUUACGAGCGGUGAUAAAAGGCAAUGGGUUGGAAUAUUAAAAAAAACCGAUAAGCAACUAAGUAAAGUUUAAAUGCUAGAAACUACUUUUAAUGAACAUAAAACUUCAAUGACCUAAAAUGAAACAGCUAAGAGCUGCUAAUGAAUUCCUUUAAUAAAUUAAAUUAAGAUACAAUUGUGUCAGAACUGUUUAUUUAUUAUGUCGUUGAUAACUGCGACCCGAUAAGACAUCGGAACAUGUUAUUGACCACUCUUGUACAUAACGAUACCUUUCUUCCUCCUAUCUCGGUUACAAACGGAAGUUACUUAUAAUGUAUUGACAUGUUUAGUCUCCGUCCCGAUUGGAACUCCGUCGGUGUAUUUGUGAAAUAAGAUGUGAUCAAUAGUAACAAUUGUGUUUGAAUGAACGCAAUGCUGUAGUGAAUGGAAGGCAAGUCGAGAAGUGAAGGAGUUCGCUAACAUGACGGAGAGUGAUCAGAAGAAAUAUGAGGCUGCGGCCUCUGACGAAACGACCACUAAAUACCAUGGCUUCGGCAUCCGCCAUGUUCAGAUGAUCUGCAUGUCGUUCGCGAUGGUGGCGAUGCUGCUGGCGCGGAGCUGCAUGGGGGUAGCGAUCCUCGCCAUGACCAACACUCAACAUCAACAUAAUCCUAAUAUUGAAGUUUACGAAUGGGACAAAAAGACACAGGGCUUGAUAUUGUCAUCGUUCUUCUGGGGCUACAUGUGUAUGCAGAUCCCGGGCGGGUUGUUGGCAAAGAAAUUUGGAGGAAAACCCAUAAUACUGGUUGCAUUGGUGUCUAAUGUGUUCUUAACGGGAUUAUUCCCGACGUUCGCAAGCGUGGGUGGUUGGUGGUUAGUAUGUGUGUCACGAGUAGCUAUGGGUCUCUCUCAGGCGUGUCUCUUCCCCGCCAGUCACACUCUCCUCGGCCAGUGGCUCCCAAUCAGCGAGAGAACAUCCUACACUGGAAUCGUUUAUUCAGCAUCUCAAAUAGGCACAAUUAUAGCGAUGCCGUUAUCUGGAUUUCUGGCUGAGACAGCUCUUGGCUGGAAGAUGAUAUUCUACGUAACGUCAGCUAUCAUGUUCCUGACCGCCGGCCUCUGGUACUGGUUCUCAGCCAGCUCCCCGGCGCAGCACUCCAUGAUGACUGAGGAAGAGAGGAACUAUAUCGAAUUGGGACUCAAUUCUGAUACUGGGGCAAAGGAGAACCGGCCAAUACCUUGGAGGGCUAUACUGACCACUCCACCAUUCUGGGCCAUUUUGUCAUCCCACAUCGGUGCCUAUUUUACAUUCACGUUGUUUUUUGUGGACCUCCCAACUUAUUUGGAAAAGGGCAUGCAUAUAUCCCUUAGAAGUAGUGCGUCGUUGUCGGCUUUACCAUUUGUUGGCAUGUGGGUAGGCAACUUCGGAUCAGCUAUGGUGGGCCAGAAAUUGAUCAACAGUGGGCUAUUAUCUUUGACAGCUUGUAGGAAGAUAUUUAACUCUUUGGCUUUGUUCGGCGCUGCAUUGGGCAUCAUAGCGCUAGCUUUCUUGGGCGCGGAUCACAAAAACAUUGCCAUCACGAUACUAGUCUCAGUAUUCUUCCUAUUUGGAUUCACUGGAGUUGGGUUUAUGGUGAACCAUUUGGACUUAUCACCCCAGUUCGCCGGUGUGAUGCUCUCUCUUACAAACUUCGCUGGGUCUUUAGGCAGCAUCACCACGCCAGUCGUCACCAGCAUCAUACUACGGAACGAUCCGUCAGACAUGAGUCGUUGGCGAAUAGUCUUCUUCCUGGUAGCUGCGAUAGGUGUGACGACAAAUCUUAUCUACGUAAUUUUUGGAAGCUCAGAAAGGCAACCUUGGGAUAGUGCUGACUAUAAUGACAGGAAGAGAGCUGAUCCAGAGGAAAUGAAACCAUUGGGAAAGAGCAAAGAAAAAGAAAUGGAAGCAAAUAGUCAAUAAGUUAUGGAAAGUGAUCUAACUCAAUUAAUAUUGCAAGAAAUAUAUCUAUUAUUAGUUGUUAAUAUAGUGUCGUCAAUGAGAAUUAAGACCCUUUAAUGUAUAGAGAAAACGGCGGAUGGAUUGAUAAGAAGGAGCAACUCAAUUUUAUGAGGAAAA